AUGAGCUUACCAAAAGAACGAACUAUCUCACACUGCCGCCCACCUGUCAUCGCUCACUGCCGCCGCCCACCUGUCAUCGCUCACUGCCGCCCACCUGUCAUCGCUCACUGCCGCCCACCUGUCAUCGCUCACUGCCGCCCACCUGUCAUCGCUCACUGCUGCCCACCUGUCAUCGCUCACUGCCGCCCACCUGCCCACCACUCACGCUGCCCCACCUGCCACCCCUCACUGCCGCCCACCUGUCAUCGCUCACUGCCGCCCACCUGUCAUCGCUCACUGCCGCCCACCUGUCAUCGCUCACUGCCGCCCACCUGCCCACCACUCACGCUGCCCCACCUGCCACCCCUCACUGCCGCCCACCUGUCAUCGCUCACUGCCGCCCACCUGUCAUCGCUCACUGCCGCCCACCUGUCAUCGCUCACUGCCGCCCACCUGUCAUCGCUCACUGCCGCUCACCUGUCAUCGCUCACUGCCGCCCACCUGUCAUCGCUCACUGCCGCCCACCUGUCAUCGCUCACUGCCGCCCACCUGUCAUCGCUCACUGCCGCCCACCUGUCAUCGCUCACUGCCGCCCACCUGUCAUCGCUCACUGCCGCCCACCUGUCAUCGCUCACUGCUGCCCACCUGUCAUCGCUCACUGCCGCCCACCUGCCCACCACUCACGCUGCCCCACCUGCCACCCCUCACUGCCGCCCACCUGCCGCCUGCUUCUGA